AUGGAAGCCCUGUGUACCAUGUCUGGAGGCCAGUUCCCAGGCUGGCCUGACCCACCAUCCUCAGUUGUGACCCCUGGCUCUCCCCUGGGGACAGUUGUGACCCCUGGCUCUCCCCUGGGGACAGUUGUGACCCCUGGCUCUCCCCUGGGGACAGUUGUGACCCCUGGCUAUCCCCUGGGGACAGUUGUGUUGCUCUCAGAGGGGAAUGAUGUGAUCCUUCUGCUCACAACACUCCUUCUGUCAAAGUGGAGGGUUGUGAAAGAAAGGAAACCAGCUGUAAAGAUCCGGGAAGGAACAUUGGAGCGGCUGGUGCAGACCCAACUGAUGGCAUUCAGGGACGAUAAGCUUGCCUACACCAGCAUCUUCCUGUCCACAUACCGCACCUCCGCCAGCACGCACACCGUGCUGCAGCUGCUAGACAAGUACUUGUUCAAGAAGGUGAUUCCUCACCACUGCCUGGGCUCCAUCUGGUCCCAGCGGGAUAAGAAACAGAACAAGCACAGUGCUCCCACCAUCCGUGCCACCAUCACCCAGUUCAACGCUGUGGCAGCGUGUGUGGUCAGCACCAUACUGCACCGACAACAGAUCCGCCCGCUUCUCAGGGCACGGGUCAUCAAGCGCUGGAUAGACAUCGCUCAGGAGUGUCGCGUGCUUAAGAACUUCUCCUCUCUCCGUGCCAUUGUGUCUGCACUGCAGUCCAACCCACUCUACAGACUGAAGAGGGCCUGGUCCUGGGUGCCCAAAGACAGCAUGUCUUCAUUUGGGGAGCUAUCAGACAUCUUACAUCACAAACUCUACCUGACCAGCAAAGAGCUGCUGAUGAGGGAGGGCACCUCUAAGUUUGACAAUCAGGUAGGCUGUGCUAAGGAGCACCAGAAACACACUCACAAACGAUUCCAGAGGAAAAAUGAAAUGGGUGCCAUGCAGGGGACGAUACCUUACCUGGGCACCUUCCUGACAGACCUGACCAUGUUAGAUACGGCCCGGUCAGACCUAGUAGAGGGGGGGCUAAUCAACUUUGAGAAGAUGCGAAGGGUGAGUGUCAUUUUUAACCCGUUCAUUGACUGUGACCUUGAUCUCUCUCUGACUCUGCGGGAGUUUGAGGUGAUAGCUCGGAUCAAGCUGCUGCAGUCUGCGUGUAACAGCUACUGUCUUAUUGCUGACGCUGCCUUCCUGCGCUGGUUCAAGUGCCAGCCUCAACACAGAGAGGAGGAGAGCCAUGCCAUGUCUUGUGACAUUGAAGGAGUGGGAGACAGAAGUAAGACUUUAUGCAAACUUUGCAAGGGCAUUGUCAAGAGACUUAGCCAGCAGUCGCACACAAGACGGUUGCUCUCCCUAACGCCCAUGUCCCCCUCCUCUCCCCUGCCCCCUGCCUACAACACCCAGGCUCAGGACGCCUGCAUCAUCAGAGUCAGCCUGGAGCAGGGCAACGGCAACCUCUACAAGAGCAUCAUGUUGACGAGUCAGGAUAAGACUCCAGCAGUGAUCUCUAGAGCCGUGGCCAAACACAACCUGGAGAGUGAGCCUGGGGAGGGAUAUGAGCUGGUGCAGGUCAUCUCUGACGAAAGAGAACUGGUGAUUCCUGACACCGCUAAUAUGUUUUACGCCAUGAACACCUCUGCAAACUUUGACUUCCUGCUGCGUGUGCGAGGCACGGCGGGGUGGCCUGUCCAGCUGAGGAGUCGCUAUGCCUCCACACUCCCCUGCGCCCAGCAGCGUGCCAGCCUACGCCUCAGCAAGGCAGCGGGGGACCGGCUGCCACCCGGCCACACGGUGAGUCAAGUAGAAACCUGGAAGAUCUGUGCUGGAACUCUGGAGCGGCUGGUAGAGACCCUGCUGACGGGGUUCCAGGGCAAUGACCUCACCUACACCAGCAUCUUCCUGUCCACAUACCGCACCUUCGCCAGCACGCACACCGUGCUGCAGCUACUGCUAGACAAGUAUGGAAUUCCAGAGGAUAGUGAAGAACAGACUGAGCAAUGUAGACCCUCUGAAACCAAAGGAGCUGUUCGAAUUGCCCUUGCCUCCAUCUUGAGAGCCUGGAUGGGCCAGUAUCGAGAGGACUUCCAGGAGCCUCCAUCCUACCCCUGCCUCCACAGGGUGAUGGCCUACCUACAGAGGGCCCUGCCUGGAUCGGAGCCCAUGCGUAAAGCCCAGAGUCUACUGGAGCAGCUGAAGGCUGAGGCCAGUCUGGAUGUAGACUCAGAGGGUGGGUGGAACAGUUUCUCCAGCGGUUUUGACAGCAUACGCUCCUUCGGCCUAUGUGAGGAUGAGGAAGUGGAGAUUGAGGUCCAGGAAGACUUCAUGUCAUUUGAUACAGAUUUGGUGGCAGAGCAACUGACCUAUAUGGAUGUGUUGUUGUUCAAUAAGGUGAUUCCUCACCACUGCCUGGGCUCCAUCUGGUCCCAGAGGGAUAAGAAACAGAACAAGCACAGUGCUCCCACCAUCCGUGCCACCAUCACCCAGUUCAACGCUGUGGCAGCGUGUGUGGUCAGCACCAUACUGCACCGACAACAGAUCCGCCCGCUUCUCAGGGCACGGGUCAUCAAGCGCUGGAUAGACAUCGCUCAGGAGUGUCGCGUGCUUAAGAACUUCUCCUCUCUCCGUGCCAUUGUGUCUGCACUGCAGUCCAACCCACUCUACAGACUGAAGAGGGCCUGGUCCUGGGUGCCCAAAGACAGCAUGUCUACGUUUGAGGAGCUAUCAGACGUCUUCUCGCAUCACAACAACUACCUGACGAGCCGAGAGCUGCUGAUGGGGGGAGGGCACCUCUAAGUUUGACAAUCAGGUAGGCUGUGCUAAGGAGCACCAGAAACACACUCACAAACGAUUCCAGAGGAAAAAUGAAAUGGUGAGCUCUUCAACUUUGAGAAUAGGUGACAGACUGUUCCAGGGAGUUGACUCCUCAGCAGCCAGUUCCCCGUUGAGUGAAACACAGCCUGGCCCGCCCUGCAUGUGCUGUCGCUUGGUCUUCCUGUUGGCCAUGUCCCUUGCCUAAAACACCCAGGCCUCCUGCAUCAUCCUAGUAAGCCUGUGUUAUGCCAUGAACACCUCAGCCAACUUUGACUUCCUGCUGCACUGCUGUACAGUGCUCCAGCCCCUCCCCAGAUAUGCUGUGAGACUGACAAGGACCAAACAUGGGGAAUGAGUUCAAGUCAAUGAGGUAGACUCUGAAUUACCUAUUCCCUUGUCCCCAAUCGGACCCCCACCGCUGUGCCCCCCUCCCCCACACCAGUAGCAGACAGUGGCCUUCCUGUCCACUGUGUACCACGUGGGGCUGCACCUCAUUGUGAGCUGUGUGAUAGGUUACUACUUGGUUUUAACAAGUUAUUUCCUUUUUAAUAUUGUUUAGCUGUCCUAUCUCACCUCUAUGGUGUAGUGACACAAAUAGGAUGGGUCUCUAUGUGAGGCCCGGAUUGCGCUGCCUGACGCAUUGAUUAGCAGUCCUAAUAGAAAUGCAUUUCUUAGUGUUUGGGUGACUUCGGGAGGUGGGAAGUAGAUGGAAUGAGUGACCUAAUCUUAAACUCUUUUCACCUCAGAACAAAAUGGAGUAUCAUUUAGUUUCUCUUUGAUUUUUUAUUUUUUUUACAGGGCAGAAAACCGUGUCACACACAAUGAACAAAUCAUUAGGAACACCUCUUUCCAUGACACUGACCAGGUGAAUCCAGGUGACGGCUAUGAUCCCUUAUUGAUGUCACCUGUUAAAUCCACUUCAAUCAGUGUCGAUGAAGGGGAGGACACAGGUUAAAGAUAUUUAAGCCUUGCAAUAAUUGAGAGAUGGAUUAUGUGUUUGCCACUCCGAGGGUGAAUGGGCAAGACACAAAAAGAUUUAAGUGCCUUUUGAAUGGGCUAUGGUAGUAGGUGCCAGGCACACCGGUUUGAGUGUCAAAAACAUCCCUGUGGUACACUUUCAACACCUUAUAGACUCCAUGCCCCAACAAAUUGAGGCUGGUCUGAGGGUAAAAAAUGGGGUGCAACGCAAUAUUAGGAAAGUGUUCCUAAUGUAUUGUACACCAGUGUAUGUCAAUCAAACUUGUAGAGGGUGACUGAGGACAAUGUUUUUAAAUUGUAUGUUAAUUCCGAUUCUGUUCAGCCUGUCAACGUGGCUGAAUGUGGCCGUGGGUCAGCAUUUUAGAGCCCUUUUCUUGGUGUCACUUUUUUUUAUUUUAAAGUUAAUUUCUUACAAUUGUAGCUACACAUUUUUCCAUGGAGCUUUGAGAAAAUGUUGCGGUUUGAAAGUUUAUAAACGGCGUUUGUACAUUCAUCACUUUUGUUUUCAAGGAUUUAUACCAGAACUGGUGCUUGUUAAAAGAAAUUGUUGUUGCAAUUUAUAAGUUGAUGAUAACUUUGUGAAGAGAAACAACUUUGUGCCGAAAGAGGAACUAUGUUUCUGGUUUCAUUUUAACCAAGUGAGUUUGGCGUGAUACAGCCUCAUUAUCUACAUGAGUGCCUCCCACCAGAGGGUAAGGAAUAGUAUGUUUCAUUUCAAACUUUGAGCGGUGAAAAUCUGCGUAGCAGGCAAAAAAGAAACCGCCCAUUUUGACAAAUACGACAUUCACGUAUUGCGUUGUCCUCCAUUUGCAGGAACUGUAAUGUGUGUCGAACCUCUUACAGGAUGUUCAGUUGGAAAUGUACUGUGCAGAACAGACUGUCAUUCAGAAUAGGCAUGUCCGUUCUUACAUUACUUUUCUAUCUACAACAUUCUGAACAGCCAGCUCCCUGUGCACCGAGUCUCACCCAAACAAACACUCACCCCCAAUAGUUUGUCACAGCUGAUAUGAAUUAUAUUUUCACACUAGCCCACAAGGACACUAAUUCAGUUCCUCCUGUGCCGAGGCCUCUACACACUGACACUAAUUCAGUUCCUCCUGUGCCGAGGCCUCUACACACUGACACUAAUUCAGUUCCUCCUGUGCCGAGGCCUCUACACACCGACACUAAUUCAGUUCCUCCUGUGCCGAGGCCUCUACACACUGACACUGAUUCAGUUCCUCCUGUGCCGAGGCCUCUACACACUGACACUGAUUCAGUUCCUCCUGUGCCGAGGCCUCUACACACUGACACUGAUUCAGUUCCUCCUGUGCCGAGGCCUCUACACACUGACACUG